AUUUAUCCAGUAUAAAUAAAUAUGCCAGAGAUGCGACGAUCUUCCUGUAGACCACAGCCAUCGUUGCUCUCCCGCUUGAAUUGUAAGCCAUGUAAUCGUGUUCUGUUCUUCAUGGCUGGGGUGGGAGUUGGUGUCAUUUACUUGCGGAAUAAGGACCAGCUGGAUGAACAAGAGAAGUCUGAGAAAAAGUGACUGAGCAUUAAGAACCGAACCGAACGAAAAGUAAGCUCGCUUUUGGUUGCAUAUGCAAGCCCAGUUAGUGAAGAAUGGGACACGAGUACAUAGUUUAUUUAUUAUUUAUACUGUUUUAAAUACUGAUCAGAUGCAAAAUUUAAGUAAUACUGUUAAUUUAAAUAAACAAAUUCCAUUUUUAAAAAUGAAAAA